AUGUCCCGUGUACUGGAUAUGCUGCAGAAGAUGACCGGUGCCAGAUUCUACCUGGAGCAGGCCGAUAUUCCAGCCGAUCAGCAGUACGUUUGGUCUCUCAUGGAUUUCGGACGUCUGCUGGGGCUAUCGGCGCAUAGUGGUCUGCACAGUCUCGUCGUCAUGACGGACAACAUUAUGAACGUCAGCCAACUGGAAGAUGCGCUGACGUACGCCUGGACUCCCAGCUUUGAAGCCCAUAAAACAACCGCCACGACAACGAUUGUGCCGCGCAUACGUAUUCUUUCUCUCCUGAACUCCAACGAAACCUUGCUGACGGAUGUACCCCCGCAAAUCUCGGAAACUACUUCAUUGACGUUCUGCGUGCCAACUCCUCGGCAUGCGUCUCAAACGCCCGCCGACGGGGCCAUCGCCAUUAACGGGGUGAUCACGUAUUUUCUCGUAUCGCACCAAAACGGAUCAUACACAGAACAGGAGAUCAGUUACUUCAGUUGUCUUACGUUUGCGGGGAACAAAGCAUGGACCGGAUGGCUACUGGAUCAGAAUGCGCCGGUACCCGGUGUCUACCGUCCCCCCGUCGGCGACCAUUACCUUAUCCAGCCCGAGCAUUCGUUCCGCAUGUACACGUCACAACCCGUCCAUCUCCAGCAGUUUCCACGUGUUCAGCAACUGCUGGCGCAACAACUGGGGCAAGAUCUAAAGGGCGGUCAGUCCGUGGACGUCGUGCUCUGGAACCCAGAUAAAACCGGGAAAGCAAUUAGCUUCAUGGUGCGGUUACUGACCAAUGGUCAGGUCGUGGCUGAACUGGACGCCCGUCUGUCGUACGCCGACGCGAUCUACACGCGAUUGGAGAAGGCCUACUGGUCGGGAGCGGUGGUGUCGGAACUACCGUUUGAGUUUGGCUUUUACAUUAGCCGGCAUCCCAUCUUCUGAAAUUUGGAUUCCACAGGAGACAGUUGCGCGUUAAGCUGCAGCUGACUCAAAGCGGCGGUGUCCGGCGAUGACGAUCACGCACUAAUUUUGUUUAGCAAAACUACAGACUACUGCGCAUUUAUAAAAGUAAAGAAUUACUUGAAAAUAUAAUGAAAAGAACAGAAGUUUGAUAAAUGUUUACAAGUUAUGGAUACUACCAGCUGUUAUCGGUUCCAUGCCGUCAUCACUGUCACUUUGGUAACGGGAAAAUGGUUAAGAUGACGAUUAGCGAAACCGUAGUCCACUAUUAUGACGAUUAGCGAAACAGCGAAACUGUAACUGACGAUCUU